UGGGGACUUGUAACAACAGCUGGGUCCUACGUAAAUCACAAUGGCGGGGGGAAUUAUGAGUGGCAUUUGCCAGUGUCACACAUUUGUUCAGUGAACGUACACGUCUCAAUAUUGUACAAUUGAUUUCGUACGUUAUUCUCUAUUUUUAUUGUAGGCCGACAGUGCUGUCGUUGCGUAUAGGGACUCGCUUGUCCAGUUUGUGCGUGCAUUUUGUCGGCCUUGAGAUAUUCAUUUGGUGUCAGGUGCGGUAAAUUGAUGCAUCUGUCUCAUUCGAAUGGUUCAUUGCAGAAUGUUGGGGGCAGGUGCGCCCGCGGCUUUCUUAGUGAAUGAUAAAGGUUGAUGAAAGGGUUACGGUUUGGGAGACUGCGCAGUUCGAGAUUUCUUGAUCAUACGAGGCAUGCUUUUGCUUCCGGGCUGGCGGUCAGAGAUGUUCGAGCAGAGCGCACAGUGAACAUUCACAACGAUAGAUCGAGCAUCGAUGCUUCGUGCAGGCAGGAUGGAGGAGUUUGUUACGGAGGAAGAUGAGCCAUGGUACGACCAACGGGAUUUGGAGCAGGACCUGCACCUGGCAGCUGAGCUGGGGAAGACCCUUUUGGAGCGCAACAAGGAGCUGGAAGACUCUCUACAACAUAUGUACAUCAACAAUGAGGAACAGGUGCAGGAGAUCGAGUACCUGUCCAAGCAGCUGGAGAUGCUGAGGGAGAUGAACGAGCAGCAUGCCAAGGUCUACGAGCAGCUAGACGUGACGGCCAGAGAGCUGGAGAUCACCAAUGAGAAACUGGUUAUAGAGAGCAAGGCCUCGCAGCAGAAGGUAGACAGGUUGACGGGUACCAUGGAGACACUGCAGGCUCAGGUGGAUACCAUGACAGCUCGUGUGGAGGAACUACGUACACUAGAGGAGCUGAGGAACCACAGAGAGGAGCGGGAGCGACGCAAGACUGUCCACUCCUUCCCCUGCCUUAAAGAACUCUGCACUGCACCAAAGUAUGAGGAUGGCUUCCUGGUGGCCAACCCCGGCAGUGUGGACCUGGUGUCUGAGCGUGAGCGCCGGCCACUGGACGAGGAGAACGAGCGUCUAAAAGGUGUGGUCUCCUCCCUGAGGUCCGCCAUGGUGGCAGAACGGGGCCGGAGGGAGGGGGCAGAGAGGGAGUGUACAGCUGUGCUGCAGGAGUUUGAGCUUAUGGAACAACGCCUCCUGGGGGCUGAGGGCUGCCAGCUGCGAGUGCAGGAGCUGGAGGCGGAGCUUCAGGAGAUGCAGCAGCUGAGGAGGUCCCGGAUCUGUCUGUUGGAUGAGGGUCUGGAGCAGACCCUGCUCAACAAUGCCCCCGAGACCGACACACCCGAGGAGGGACCGGGGAAAAAGGAGGGAGGGGAGGGGACGGGGGAGUCCGGGGGGACAGGAGGAGGGGUGCAGCAGGGAGGCCCCGUUAGGAAGAGCUGCAGCGACACGGCGCUCAACGCCAUCUCUGCCUGCGACGCCUCUGGCAGGCGACAGGGCAGCUACGCAAUCCACGCCAACGGCGUGCGCAAGCGGGGCAUGUCCAUCCUGAGGGAAGUGGACGAGCAGUACCACGCCCUGCUGGAGAAAUACGAGGAGUUGCUGGGGAAGUGCCGGCGCCACGAGGAGAGCAUGUGCCACGCGGGGGUGCAGACGUCACGCCCUGUCUCUAGAGACCCCUCCAUGAAGGACUGCGGCAUGGCCAGCCCCUCAGCCAUGGCUGCUGCACCCCCCACCCCGCCCCAGACCCCCUCCACCCCAGAGGCCCUGGAGGGCAUCAGCCGGCAGGUAGACCAGGUGGACAAGAGGCUGGGCCAGAACACCCCAGAGUACAAGGCUCUGUUCAAAGAGAUCUUCUCCCGCCUGCAGAAGACCAAGAGUGAAGUGAACUCCACCAAGGGUAGGAAGUCCCCAAGGGUUGGAAGUCCUAAGGGGAAAAAGUCCAAAGACAAAUGAGCUGCUUUCGUGAUACUAGUGAACAUGACCUCUCCUGAUACUAGUGAACAUGACCUCUCCUGAUACUAGUGAACAUGACCUCUCCUGAUACUAGUGAACAUGACCUCUCCUGAUACUAGUGAACAUGACCUCUCCUGAUACUAGUGAACAUGACCUCUCCUGAUACUAGUGAACAUGACCUCUCCUGAUACUACUGAACAUGACCUCUCCUGAUACUAGUGAACAUGACCUCUCCUGGUACUAGUGAACAUGACCUCUCUUGGUACUAGUGAACAUGACCUCUCUUGGUACUAGUGAACAUGACCUCUCUUGGUACUAGUGAACAUGACCUCUCCUGAUACUAGUGAACAUGACCUCUCCUGAUACUAGUGAACAUGACCUCUCCUGGUACUAGUGAACAUGACCUCUCCUGAUACUAGUGAACAUGACCUCUCCUGAUACUAGUGAACAUGACCUCUCCUGAUACUAGUGAACAUGACCUCUCCUGAUACUAGUGAACAUGACCUCUCCUGAUACUAGUGAACAUGACCUCUCCUGAUACUAGUGAACAUGACCUCUCCUGAUACUAGUGAACAUGACCUCUCCUGAUACUAGUGAACAUGACCUCUCCUGAUACUAGUGAACAUGACCUCUCCUGAUACUAGUGAACAUGACCUCUCCUGAUACUAGUGAACAUGACCUCUCCUGAUACUAGUGAACAUGACCUCUCCUGAUACUAGUGAACAUGACCUCUCCUGGUACUAGUGAACAUGACCUCUCUUGGUACUAGUGAACAUGACCUCUCCUGGUACUAGUGAACAUGACCUCUCUUGAUACUACUGAACAUGACCUCUCCUGAUACCAGUGAACAUGACCUCUCUUGAUACUACUGAACAUGACCUCUCUUGGUACUACUGAACAUGACCUCUCCUGGUACUAGUGAACAUGACCUCUCUUGAUACUACUGAACAUGACCUCUCUUGGUACUACUGAACAUGACCUCUCCUGGUACUAGUGAACAUGACCUCUCUUGAUACUACUGAACAUGACCUCUCUUGGUACUAGUGAACAUGACCUCUCUUGGUACUAGUGAACAUGACCUCUCUUGAUACUAGUGAACAUGACCUCUCUUGAUACUAGUGAACAUGACCUCUCCUGGUACUAGUGAACAUGACCUCUCUUGAUACUACUGAACAUGACCUCUCUUGAUACUAGUGAACAUGACCUCUCUUGAUACUAGUGAACAUGACCUCUCUUGAUACUACUGAACAUGACCUCUCCUGAUACUAGUGAACAUGACCUCUCUUGAUACUAGUGAACAUGACCUCUCUUGAUACUACUGAACAUGACCUCUCCUGGUACUAGUGAACAUGACCUCUCUUGAUACUACUGAACAUGACCUCUCUUGGUACUAGUGAACAUGACCUCUCCUGGUACUAGUGAACAUGACCUCUCUUGGUACUACUGAACAUGACCUCUCUUGGUACUAGUGAACAUGACCUCUCUUGAUACUAGUGAACAUGACCUCUCUUGAUACUAGUGAACAUGACCUCUCUUGAUACUAGUGAACAUGACCUCUCCUGAUACCAGUGAACAUGACCUCUCUUGAUACUACUGAACAUGCACUGAAAACAAUGGGUACAAAAGCCACAGAUUUUCUUUCUGAAUGAGUUUCUCUUUGUUUGACCGUGUUUGUUGAAAGGGGUCACUUGAUGACAGGUUACCUGUACUUCUGCACUGGGGAAAUGAUACCAUCUACUGUGGAUAAUCACCUCAGCUGUUUUAUCUUUCUGGAUACAGCCACGUUUCACCCAGAUGUACAAUGAAUUGUACCUCUGACGACAUUCAUCAUCUGGGUAGAUGAAAUGCCUUGAUUCUUAACCUAAUUUAAGAUCAUUUAUGACAACCUAGUUCUGCACUAAAAAUCUGUUAGACCCAUCUUUGGUCAAGAAAAUCCAGUACAAUGUUUAAAUGACUGAGCGUGUAUACUGAGACUGCACUAGUUCUAUUUAAAAUGUAUAAAUAAUUGCUAUUUAAUGUUUUUGAUGACUGACAAUGAAUAACAUGUGCAGAGCGAUUCAUAAAAGGUGUUUUCAAAAACAAUCCUGACGUUCUCAAUGAUUAACACUGUUGCCUUAACAUCUUAUGCUUCACGUAUGCAUCUAUACAACAUAUACAUUGGUUUUGAAAUCCGUAGGUGAAGCCAGUAGGUGAAGCCAGUAGGUGAAGCCAGUAGGUGAAGCCAGUAGGUGAAAUCCGUAGGUGAAGCCAGUAGACUUCAAUUGAGGGAGGCCAUGGUACUCAAGGAAGUGAUAACUUGUUCUAAAAUAAAUACUGUAUGUAAACUGUAAAACUAUCAAUGUAUUGGUGAAUUUACCUUGUGUAAAAGGAUUCUCAAGAUGGAUAUGAUAAUGUUGCCAAAAUGGAGGUAGGUUGUCCAAGCUAGAGAACUGAGGACCUGCUGUACUGUGUAGAAAUGGAACUCCUCAACCACACUUGACUAAGCUACUGUAACUAUGUGCUUAGCACCGACUCAGACCAUGGGUACAUCUCCAUGACUCCUUGUUUCCUGGACUGCUUAUUUCAAGUACACAAGGGGCUCUAGCUGCCCUCUUAUCAGUACUUUGGCUUGUCAUUUGAAUAUUUUCCUUGUUCUGCUCUUUGUGUACAAACUUCAUGUGAUAUGGUCUUCUAUGCUGGUGGGUUCUGGAUGGUAGACGGGUGAAGAUGGUUUACAGAACGUUGUACUGUAGAGCUGAAUCAUUAACAGAACAGUGUAAAGA